UUAUGUAAAGGGCGGGGCGAAACGCUCGCGGCCUUGCGCGUGCCGGAAGGUGCGCAUGCGUUGGUUGCAGUCGAAAGGGGUGGGUGCUCGUGGAGGCGGCGGCGACGGCGGCCGAGUCCUCCCUUCCUCCCCUCCUAGAGCGACAAUGAAGCAGCAACCGGCGGCUACGACGGGAACCAGCGCUGCAGUCCCGGCUUUCCUCAGCAAACUUUGGGCGUUGGUGGGCGACGCACCGAGUAACCAGUUGAUCACGUGGAGCCAGAAUGGACAGAGUUUCCUUGUGUUGGAUGAACAAAGGUUUUCCAAAGAGAUUCUUCCAAAGUACUUCAAGCACAACAAUAUGGCAAGCUUUGUGAGACAGCUCAAUAUGUAUGGUUUCCGUAAAGUAGUUCAUGUUGACUCUGGCAUUGUUAAAUUGGAAAGGGAUGGCCCUGUUGAAUUCCAGCAUCCGUAUUUCAAGCAAGGACGUGAAGAUUUAUUGGAGCACAUUAAAAGAAAGGUUUCUUCUUCGAGACCUGAAGAAAAUAAAAUUCGUCAAGAAGACCUGUCUAAAAUCAUAAGUAGUGCUCAGAAGGUUCAAGUUAAACAAGAGACUAUUGAAUCCAGGCUCUCUGCUCUGAAGAGGGAGAAUGAGUCUCUUUGGCGAGAAGUAGCAGAACUAAGAGCAAAGCAUCUGCAACAGCAGCAAGUUAUUCGAAAGAUUGUACAGUUCAUUGUCACUCUUGUUCAAAAUAACCAACUUGUGAGUCUGAAACGUAAACGUCCAUUGCUUCUGAAUACAAAUGGAGCUCCAAAGUCCAACCUGUUCCAGCAGAUAAUCAAAGAGCCAACAGAGAAUAAGCAUAACGUACCACUCAACAUGACUGAUAGCUUAAAGCAGAGAGAACAGCUGUCAGAUGAUAUUAUUAUUUAUGACAUCACUGAUGAUAUUGCUGAUGAAGAAAAACCUCCAGUUACUCCAGAAAACAGUGAGGAUGCUGCUUCAGAUUCAACCUGUAGCCAUUAUCCUGACAUUGUAAUAGUUGAAGAUGACAACGAAGAUGACUAUACUCCCAUAAUUCAGGAAAAUAUAAGUGCUGAACCAGUUGCUGUUCCACCCAGUGAUUCCGUCAGUCCUUCCACUGAUAGUAGAAGCCCACUAAUGUCCAGUGCUGUUCAGUUAAACAGUCAGUCGGCAUUAACUGCAGAAGACCCCGUCUCAAUGAUGGAUUCUAUACUCAGUGAGAACGGAGUAAUUUCACAAAAUAUCAACCUUCUUGGAAAGGUUGAGCUCCUGGAUUACCUUGAGAGCAUUGAUUGCAGUUUAGAGGAUUUCCAGGCCAUGCUCUCAGGACGGCAGUUCAGCAUAGACCCAGAUCUUCUGGUUGAUCUUUUUUCAAGUUCGGUGCAGAUGAAUCCUACAGGUCCUAUCAGUAGUACAAAAAUGGAGACAAAGGGAAUUGAAACUACAAAGACUUGUGGUGCUCAGCCAGCUACACAAGAUGUGCCUAAUUCUAACCCCAAAUCAGAUAAACAGCUCAUUCAGUAUACUGCCUUCCCCCUUCUUGCAUUCCUUGAUGGAAAUCCAGGCUCAGCAGUGGAAAGCACAAAUUCCACAUCUGAAUCUGCAUCCUCUGUAGAUAAACCAUUAGAAGUGGACGAACUCCUAGAAAGCAGUCUGGACCCUCAACCAACGCAAAGCAAACUUGUUCGUCUGGAACCCUUGACGGAAGCAGAAGCGAGUGAAGCUACCCUGUUUUAUUUGUGUGAACUUGCUCCUGUGCCAAUGGACACUGAUAUGCCACUGUUGAACAACUAACCAGAAAAUUAAAACAAACUAUUUAUUUAGCCUAUUGUUUGGGAUCUAUCUUUUGUAAAUUGCAUUUUGUGAGAGCGGUUAAUGUGAAACAUGAAACAGCUAGUUCUAUACUCUUCCACAGAUUCAGUCAAAGAGCAGUUUAAGCAUUUAUACAAACCAUCAACAGUUCACAUUAGUUCAUUAUACUUCUAGUGCUGUCAUAUUUGGAAUUGUAUGUAUUCAGAGUAUACCAGGUAAUCAAACACUCUAUAUUAACCUCUUAUGGUUUUUCUUGUUCACUUUUGGUCCUAAUGUAAGACUGACUCAUGUAAUUCAUAAGUGUCCUGGCUGGAGAUCGUAGCACUCCCAAGUUUUAUCUUCUGUACCUUGUUUUCUAUUUUUACAACUUUGUUUAAAUAAAACUGUGUUAGGGGACCAGAAA